GUCCCACCCACCCUAUUUCUGCAUUCUGCUAACUUAUUCUGCACUCUUCAGAUUACUUCAGACUAUACCAGACACUGAAGCUCUCUCCUCUCUUGUCCCAAGGUCUGUCUACACAAUGAGGGUCUGGGUCUUCUUUGUUCUCUGCCUGGCUGGCAAAGCACUAGCUGCACCUCAACAGGAUGCUUUGCCAGAAGAGGAAGAGGUAAUAGAAGAUGUUGUCACAGAGGAGACAGUGGUGGGAGCGAAUCCAGUGCAGGUAGAGGUUGGAGAGUUUGACGAACCAGCCGUUGAAGAGGAGGAAGAGGAAGCCGCAUCUGACAAUCCUUGCCUGAACCACCACUGCAAGCACGGCAAGGUGUGUGAAGUUGACGAUAGCAAUACUCCAAUGUGUGUCUGCCAAGACCCAACCACCUGUCCUGAAAGUGUAGGAGAGUUUGAGAAGGUCUGUGGUACUGACAACAAGACAUACGACUCUUCCUGCCAUUUCUUUGCCACCAAAUGUACCCUGGAAGGAACCAAGAAGGGACACAAACUGCAUCUGGAUUACAUUGGACCAUGCAAAUUCAUUCCUCCCUGCGUGGAUGCUGAGCUCAACGAGUUCCCUCUGCGCAUGCGUGACUGGCUCAAGAACGUCCUAGUCAGCCUGUAUGAGCGUGAUGAGAACAACAAUUUACUCAAUGAGAAGCAGAAGCUGAGGGUGAAGAAGAUCCACGAAAAUGAGAAGCGCCUGGAAUCAGGAGACCACUCCAUGGAGCUGCUGGCACGUGACUUUGAGAAGAAUUACAAUAUGUACAUCUUCCCCGUGCACUGGCAGUUUGGACAGCUGGACCAGCACCCCAUUGAUGGAUACCUCUCCCACACUGAGCUGUCUCCUCUCCGCGCUCCCCUGAUCCCCAUGGAGCACUGCACAACCCGUUUCUUUGAGGAGUGCGAUUUCGACAAUGACAAAUACAUUGGCUUGGACGAAUGGGCCAAGUGCUUUGGAAUUAAGGACCAGGAUGUGGACCAAAACAUGAUCGUCUAAGCGACAACAGUCAAUUUUUGUCUCAACAGAAUUUAUUUGUGUAAUAUUUUAUUUCGUUUCUCCUCUUUUACAUUCUAGUUUAUAAGAUUUGUCUCUCGGGGUUGGACGGCAAAACAAAAAAAGGUGCUAACUUAGAACAGAUUCUAUUAAUGGUGCUGAGAACAAGACGCAACGCGGCAAGACGCAUUAGUGAACGGAGGAGAUAACCGCAUUUCACCACUAGCUUGGAAAAUCCAGUUUGGCCAGUUCAAACAUUUAGCUCUCUUCUUCUUUCUCCAACUAUCCGACUCCUGACUUCAAACUUCUUUCAAACUUUUUGAGAAUAAAAAAAAAUAAUAAUGAAUAGAUUGGCUUAAAUAGCCAGAUUCCAAGCUAUAAAAAAGACAGAAGCUUUCUUUUAUUUCCCCUCUUGUUGCAUAGUCUCUCAUUCUAUUCCAUGGCUACCCCCCAAAAAAAGUGAUAGGAGUGUUAAAGCAGGACUUUAACCCCUUCCCUGCUGGAGUAGUGCCCCAAGUAUUGUAGAGACACUCUAGCAAUGAAGGGGUUAACCCCUGACUAGUAAGCAGGGGUUGGGCAGGUGGUAGGUUUGGGCAUAUGACCGAGGAUAUUUCUUUAUAGUUGGCUGUGGGUGAGAUCCUGUCUGACCCCGGCACAAGAGGGUUUUCACCUGGAAUGUUGAUUUUGGUUUAGACCAUUUGGCAUAAGUUAAUCGAAACGGAGGUUAAGAAUAAAAGAUUCAAAAAUG